AUGGUAUCCACUCACUCUCAAUACAUCACCGACUUCACACCUACAUCUAGUGCUGAACCCGGUAAAAGUCCGCUAGCAAUGUUGGCUAAGACUUGCGAGACAAUUGGCUUGCCGGACACACCGUCGAAGAAAAGUCCGUCAGAGAAGAAAGACGAUGUGAAGAAAGCGGAAAGCCCAUCUGACCGGAAGAAGGAAAGGUCACCACGGGCGACGCCCACAGCUACACGUAUCGAACCGGUCACUUCGACGACGUUUCCGGGCCUUCCGAAGCCGACGUUCCCAAUGGGAUUCUCACCCGGUCUCGCAUUCCCGUUUCCCUAUCAUAUGAUGCCAUACGCGAUGUCGAUGUCGUUCCCAUCGUUUCCGAUGCCAUUCUCAAUGGCUCGUCCACCAUGUCCGUCGAUGCUUAUGCAACGACCGUGCGUUACUCCUGGAUGCACCUCAUGUUCACCGGAUAUGCUCUCGUCAUUUGCUGCACAUCCACUCUUCUCCACCUACUCCUCGAUGAUGCCCUCCGUUUCCAGUGCAUCGAUGCUGCCAGCCUCCUACCAGACUCUGUUGGCGUCAUCUGGUGGUCCAUCGGUAUCGGCGAUUCCAUCAACUUCUGGAGCGUCAGCGACGAUGCAGUCAAAAUCGUCGCCUCAGGCCAAGCACAUGUGCUCAUGGGUCGAGUCGACCGGCAUAUGUGGCAAGCAGUUCGCCUCCGCUGACGAACUUGCCGCGCAUGUCAAGCAACUGCACACACCGUCACCACCAUCAAGUGCCUCGUCGGCUGCUCCUGAAGUCUCAAAAACGCCCUUAAGCCGUAAUAGUCUACCUCGUUUUCAUCCCUAUUCCAAACCAAACACACUUCCCAUGCCUCCCAUGAUGCCGUUCCCAUCAGCUUUGCAAGCGAUGUACGCUCAACGCAUCAUGUCUAGCAUGCCUCAUCCUUGA